ACUAGCAACACCAAUCAUAAGUUUUAAAAAAUCAUUGUCAGUGAUGAUAGAUUUAUUUCCUAAAGAAAAAAGAAUUUGUUUAUCUUGAAUUCUAAAGAAAAUCUUAUUAGAUUAAUCUAGAAUUAGUGUGGUUUUAUUUGCUCAAUUUAUUUUCACCUUGUUGAGUACAAUUACAGAAAAUGGCAGGAAACCGUCGUGCACGCAAUCAAUCGAAUUCUAUCGCGAUUCCCCGUCAAAACUCCACUUCUGACAGUGGAAAGACGCGUCAGAAUUUGAAUGCGGAAUCUCUGGCUUCAAUGAGUAAAGAGCAACUCCGGGCCGAGUGCAGGAAACGAGGGCAGCGGUCUACCGGCAACAAGGCAGAACUGCUCGCCCGUCUAGGGUUCUACAAGCUGGCGGCGACGGCGCAGCCCGAGGCCGAGCAGAAAGCUGGGAACGGCGUCCAUCCGCCCAAGGAGAUCAACAGUAAGGCCAAGGGCGGCGCGAUGGACACAGACAGCCUGGUGCUGUGGCGGCGCCCGCUCACCACGCUCGACUACUUCGGGAGAGAACUGAGCAUUCUAGUCACUAGCGGGUUGCAUAGGUUAUUAGCGUAUAAAGUACUAGCACUAUCAAUAGUUUUAGUGAUACUUGGCACAGCAGUGUCCUUCCACAUCGAUGGACCGCAUCAGCCGUAUGUACAGGAAGCGAUCUGGACGCUAGCGUGGUGGGGCUGGUGGGUGGGGCUGGGCGUGUGCAGCUCGGUGGGGCUGGGCACGGGGCUGCACACGUUCCUGCUGUACCUGGGCCCGCACAUCGCGCGGGUCACGCUCGCCGCCUACGAGUGCCGCUCGGCCGCCUUCCCGCGCCCGCCCUAUCCGCACGAAAUAAUCUGCCCAGCGAACGUGCCAGCGGACGCGACGGUCUCCAUCUGGGAGAUCAUGUCGCUGGUGCGCAUGGAGAGCAUGCUGUGGGGCGCGGGCACGGCGCUCGGGGAGCUGCCGCCCUACUUCAUGGCGCGCGCCGCCCGCCUGUCCGGCGCCGCCGCCCACCACGAGACCAGCGCCGCCGACAGGGGCAAAGUAUUCGUCGAGAAGCUAGUCCAACGCGUCGGCUUCUUCGGCAUAUUAGCUUGCGCGUCUGUGCCGAACCCGCUGUUCGACCUGGCCGGUAUCACCUGCGGGCACUUCCUGGUGCCCUUCUGGACGUUCUUCGGAGCCACCGUGCUGGGCAAGGCGGUCAUCAAGAUGCACAUACAGAAAGUGUUCGUGAUUGUCGCCUUCAAUGAGAGUCUGGUCGGACAAGCGAUCGCCAUAGUAGAACGCAUGCCAUACAUCGGGCCGUACCUAGGGACAACUUUACUAGAAUUCCUUCGCACCCAGAAGGCGAAACUGCACAAAAACGACAAUUCCGCCCCGGAAGCCGACAGCCAAGGAACCAUUCUAUCGUCUCUAUUGGAGAAGUUUGUCUUGGCUAUGGUCGUGUACUUCCUAGUGUCGAUAGUGAACGCGUUGGCGCAGAGCUAUAGCAAACGGAUCGGCAAGAAGAAGGGCAAGAAACGGGAAUAGGGACAGCGAGCCACGCCGGCGGAGGUACGCUCUGCGCGUCGGCGGCCACCUACAGAGCGCAUGCGUCGUCGGUAGUACACACACACACGCACGCCGCACACACACACUCACACAGACGACUCACACAGAACAACCAACACGCAGUUCUCAGAACAAGAAAUUAUGGCGUGUAAGUCAUAGCGAAUUUCCAAAGUGUUGUACCAUUUUCAAGGUAUGGAUUUAUAGAUAUUGUAAAGCGAUCCCAAAAAUAUUUGUCGAAUACAAAUUAAGUUAAAUGUGUGUGGAUCUCCCGUGUAAUGUGGAUAAAAUGUCCACGUUUGCUCAGUGGUUAUAAAAUAAAUGUAGAGUUCAUAAUAUAUAAGACACAAACAUUAAACAUCAAUACUGGUUAUAUGGAAGUUUACGCAUAGGUAAAAGUUAAUGUUAUAUCUAGACUAACCUACGGAAACUAUCUAUCGAUAGAUUCUUAUAUAGAUUUUUUCUCACCAGUUUAAAAUUAGAUGUCGAUACCCUGUGCUAAAAGAGUGCAUCUUAAAACCUUUAACACAACAAGAAAUAAGGUUUAGAAUGAUAAUGCUCACUCUGGACGCUCCAGGUCAAACAUUAAUCUUCGUAGAUGAAACAGACAAUAACCUUCCCUCUCUUUCUAUUUCUAUUUGUCUAAACUAAUCUUAUCUCUCAAAAUUCUCUCUUAGAACUUCUGAUAGUGAUUCUUACAUAUACAAUUAAGGCAUAAGUUACAUAAAGUAGCUAAACAAAUCAUUUAGUAAGUACACCUGUUUCAAGGUAGAAAUCCUACCAUUUUCGAAAAGCUAAAGACAGGUCAUCUAGUAAAACCGUAUUCAUAGAGUUGUUGUGCGUAUAAAAUAGUUAGCCAUGGACCGACCCGACGCGACGUAAAUUUCGCAUUUAUAUUUUGUUUAUACAUAAAUAACUUCAAUUACGUAUAAUAUCCUGUUAUAAAUGACUACUGAACAAUCAUUGCAGUCCCUUGCAAAUGUUUUUUUGAAUCUUUGAUCAUCCAAUUUAGUGGGGUGCUUCUUCAUUCUUAAUACGUGCGUGGCAAGCAUUAAUUUACAACUGCAAGUGUUGCAUUUAAGUCGGCUUCCACUGUUUGGUGCGGUAUUAUGCACAAAUGGUAGAAUUCGUCACAAAACCAAUGUAAUUGUAUAGUUAAACCGUUUGGUAGUUAGUGUUUUGUGUGUGUAAGGAAAGAUUAGGCUUAACAUUUAAAUCCCUGGACUCACUUGCGGUAUAUAGUUGUGACUUUCUGAUUAAACUCACCAUGCUGUGCUAAAAUUCAUAAAAAAAUAAUAUUUUUGGUUGAAUAUUACACUAGAUUAUCGACAGCGAUGGAUUGAUUUUACACUAUAAAUUUAGUUUAUUGUAAACGCGAUGAUAUUUGUGCUUUGGUGUAUGUAUUAUAGAGUAGUUUAUAGACUUAUCUACUUAUAUGAUAUUAACAAGCCAAAUCCGUUAUUUAUUAUUAUAAUUUUAUGUUUCAUUUGGUGCUGUUUUAGCAAGUUUUGGUUAAGCAUAUCCAUUCAUUUAUUCAGUGUCUCAAAUAUUAAAUAUUUUUUUCCAUAUAGGUUAGUCCAAACUGUAUAAAUAUGUAUAUUAUAAUAUUACCCAUUUUUUUAUUACCAUGUAACUUAUGAAAGACAUUUUAAACAUUUAUAUGUAUGAAUAGGUGACUGUAGGCAAAUCUAAAUAGAGCUAAGCUAAUGGGGCUACCAAGUUCUAAAGUAUAAAGUAGCAAAAGUGUUUAAGUAAGUAAUAUUAACAGAAAGCAACAAAAAUAUAUAUUUUUAAGAAUCAGCCCCUAGCCUUAAUAGAGUCCAGUAUUAUUAAGAUUUUUAAACGGAAUGAAAUGAAGAUCAUUAUAAUUAUAUCAGUGAUUUUUGGCAUUCCUUCUGUAGAUAAUUUAUUUAUGUCGUUAUUAACGUAUGAACUUGCCUUUUAUAGUACUUAUUUCUAAAUAAACUACCUAUUUAUUUUGAUCUUCGAUACAUAGGAUAAGCCACUUUGGCUGGUGUUGCGAUGAUAUCUAAUAAUUACGAUAUUGUAGAGACGGGAUUUUGUUAUUUUAUUACAUUCCAAUAUUUUAGGGAACUUAACCCUAUUAUUUUUAUUUGUUACACGAAAUUUUCACCUACAUAAUACAUAAUGCAAAUUCCUAAAUGGCUAUCAUAUUAGUUAUUAUUAUAUUUUGUUUGUUUUAUGUUCUGGCGCAAAAACCUAGGCCAACGGAUUGUUUAUUUUGUUAUGAAAAUCAUAUAUUUUUGGCUUUCAUUUAAAUGUGAAUUAAUUUCUUACUAAGAUUAUAAGAUGUAUAUUGGUGUGUUCAGUCAUGUGGAGUGGUACUUUUAGUACAAAAUAUUGCUUUUACAAUAAAGAAUUUUAUAUGAAAAUUCGUGUUAAGAAAGCAAUAAUUAAAUGAAUUGUAAUGUA